AGAAUGACCAAAUAUAAGUUCACAACACAAACAAGGAGCAACUAUUUAAGUAGAAAUUCCUAAAAAAAAUUGAAAGAAAGCUUAUGUGACCCAUUCACCUGUCCUGUCACAGGCGAAGAGCAGAAUGAGCUCCUCAAACAAGCCCAAAACCAUCACUGUGAAGGAUCUGAAAAACCUGAAAAAUGCAGAAGAGGCUUUUUCCAUUAAAGAGAGAAUAGGAGCUGGGACCUAUGGAGAAGUGUUCACGGCCAUCCACAAGGACAAAGCUAAGAUGGUGGCCAUUAAGGCCAUGAAUCUGCAGCCCGACGAGGUCCACGAGAUAGUCAGUGAAGUCAACACCCUCAGUCAGUAUUCGGACCACAACAACAUAGCCAGGUACUUCGGCUGCUACAUCAAAAGAGGGCCAGUUGCACAGAUCUGGAUCGCUAUGGAGUUCUGUGCCGGAGGCUCAAUCUUCGACCUCAUAAAGCAUGGAGGCAACAAUGGGAAGCACUACUUCAAGGAGGAUUGGAUCGGCUAUGCUUCCAGGGAGAUCCUGGAGGGUCUGAAGUUCCUCCACUCGAUGAAGGUCAUCCACAGAGACAUCAAGGGCCAGAACAUACUCCUCACAGACAAGGCUGAGGUCAAGUUAGUUGACUUUGGGGUGAGUGCAAAACUGGACAAGACAGUUGGGAAGCGAUGCACUUUCAUCGGGACCCCCUACUGGAUGGCACCAGAAGUGAUAGAAUGCGAGAAAGAUCCCUCCAAAUCUUAUACAUUCGAGUGCGACAUAUGGUCCACGGGGAUCACGGCCAUGGAAAUGGCUGAAGGCAAACCCCCCUUGAACGACCUGCACCCGAUGACAGCGUUGUUCAAAAUACCCAGUAACGAACCCCCUAAAUUGAAGAACCCUCGUGACUGGUCGGACAAGUUCAAAGAGUUCCUGAAACUGUGCCUGAAGAAGAACUACAAACAAAGACCAAGUGCUGAAAACUUGCUGACCUACUCGCGAUUUGUAAAGAAUGUCAAUGUUGAGAGAGCGCAGGUGGAAUUACGACAAGCAAUUGAGAGAGUAGCUAGGACUAAAGGACACAGUCGUAAACUGCAGCGAGACUUGAUCCUUCGGCCGGACGAGGGAAGUAAUCUGGAAGACAGUGACGAGGACAACCCGGAGACCAUCAAGACCAUCCGAGAACAGUUCAAGAAGAUGACAGACAAACCGUCCUUCGUGCCUCAACAAGCACAGCCACAGGUGGUGUCUUCGCAAGUGAGUCACGUGGCCGCACCCUUCCACAACAGAAUGAACAGUCCCAGUGCUGCUCAGGCCCCCCAGAACAUGAAGAGACAUGACGCAGGAGUGGACAUCAACAUCCGCAAGAUGUACGAACAACAACACAACAGAGAGGAUAGGCGGUACUCCCAGAAGCACCAAAAUCCGCACCCUCUUCAAACCCAAAACUCGUCACCCGCUGGUGUGCAACAGCCGCCUGCUCCUGCGAGGUCAACCAGUCAACAUAACGGGUUCGGAGCUCCCCUGAAUCCGGAGAGUUCAGGAGCCCACGCUGCUCCAAGGUCGAAUGACGAUCAUGCUUCGAAAAACCAAAAUCUGUCUUCGAAAGGAGCGGCUGCGGAAUCAAAUGGCAACAAUGAUGGCAACUCUCCCCCAAACUGGAGACCCGCUUUAGUUACAAAUGCAGUCAUCGAAGACCAUUUGAAGGACCUAGCGUCACAUUUAGCCGAAUCAGGCAAUGAAGGUCGCAUGACUGAAUUGGAGUAUCUAAAGCGAAGAGCGGCUGGGGCUCACUUGAAACAAGCAUCAGAGCCGGCCGCGGCUGGUUAUAAUAGACAAAGUUCUGAGCCCAUUGACUCGAAAAAUAACAAUAAGUUGAAAGGCAAAAUUUUGCCAGAUAGAAUUCCAUUUGAUUGUAUGAAAAGCUCUUUCAUGCCCACACCGUCUACUAACCAAUCUCCAACUUCAUCUUCUAAUAAUAACCCGAUCGAUGUAACUAAUGGUAAGUCAAAUGUAAACUUGGAUGCUUCAGAUCGCAAACUGAGCGCUCCCUUAUUCAACGGAAACAGUCCCGCUGUCCUCUCCACGCCUUCUCAAAGCAAGGAAGAAGUUACUAGAAAAAUUUCAAAUGGACACAAACCUCCCUUUCCUCUGUCGACGUCAACUUCUUCUGAAAAUAAUCGGGCGCAAGAUUCAAAAGCCCACGAUGCGAACAAACGAAAUUCGAAGAACUUUGAAAAUGUAGUUUCCACAGACCUCGAUAAAUCCUCGACUCCGGCAAGUGCUGUACAUGCGAAUGCGCCGGUAAGACGAAACCAAAACGAUCCCACGCCCGAAUUGCCGAGAAAGGCUCAACCGAUUCAAGUGACGACGAAAGUAGACCAAAAUCCUCGUAAGUUCUCGGAACCAGUAUCCCGACAGCCGUUGUCCAAAGCUCCAGAUAAAUCGCGAAAGUUCUCAGAGCAGCCAGAACCUAUUACUAGACCCAGUUCGGCAGUCAAAGAUUUGAGACAACAUCCGAUUUCGAGACAGAAUGCGCCUUUGAGUAGGAAUGCAACAGCGUCUUCAAUAGCCGGUAGUAUGAGCGACAGACCUUUGCCUGCCCAACCUGCUAAGUCAUCGGUUGGAAGCCAUUCUUCGAUCUCAACACCUUCGAAACACUCAAAUCACCCGUCACAGAGACAAAGCGUAAGUGUGAUGGAAACCUCAACUGAGAGCUCUUCAAAAGGUGUCUGGAGCAGAUCGAGCAGAAAUGGGAGUAACGAUGUCCAUUCGUCUUCAAGUGCCAUGGCCAUGCCUCUGAAGGUGGAGAAUAUCGAACACUCGCCAGGCGCAAGACGCAAAUCAUACGCUAAUAGAAGCGAAGAGAUGCAGCCUAAAAUAGACAGUAGUGGGUAUGCCCAGUUAAGACUAGAGGGAUCUGUGACUGAAACAUCGAGUACGGAUAUUGACAGGGACUCAAGGAACCGUAAAGUGUCGGGUUCGAAUCACCAGCAACAACCCUCUUUCCCUUUUGUCGACAGUGACCAGGACUCGACUCUGAACAAACCUUCAACUGUGAAGCGGAGCAACUACACUUUCGAAGACUCUUUCACUUCUGCCUUCAACAACUCUUAUUCGAAUUCAGAGGAAGAGCGCAGGAAAGUUAUGAGGUCUCAAAAUGCAGAACACUCGCCUAACUUGUCAAGUCAACCUUCUCAAGGUAUCCCGGUGUCCAGAGACGACGAGAGUCAAAGGAAUCACAGACAUCCAGGCGGGGUGUCCAAUCACCAACAGCAUGUCUCAGACCACCGGGGCAGGGAUCCAGUGAAACAUUGGCAACGCGCGCCUGCUUCUACUAGUAAUAGUGUUUCUAAUUCGGAGUACGGCAACUCAGCGGCGAUUAAUUCUUCUAGACAACAUUUGUUAGAAACCUCACAGCAACUACAGGUGAAGAGCAAAGGAGCAGUUAAUAACCCUGAUUACGGGACCAACAUGAGCUCCAACGCGGUGUCGAAUGACCAAUAUGGGGUCAGUUCCUCAUCAAACCAAGACCUAGCUAACCGCAGAAAAUUGGACGAUGUGAGAAAAGUGAAAAGCUCAAUAGCUCUUAGUAACUUAGCUUACGAUGUGAACCAGACGACAGCGAGUGGAAUGGACAGUGAUUAUGAGUCGCUUGUUGGGCCAUCUAAAGCGAAAGAGGUACAAAACCCAAUUUAUACCAACCAACUCGAAGUUGUUCCAGAGGUGGGCCAGGGCCGCCAGCGACAGAGUAAAACGUCUGGUUUUGACGAUUCUGGAGUGUAUGCACAGUUUGACGCCGAUGCUCAUGCGUAUGAAGUUCUGUACCCACCUCAAGCACGUGAAUCCUCGCCUAAACCAAUGCCACGUAGUAACAUGAGUGUAUCACGCGAGAGACUUCGGAGUUCGCAGAGCGAUGACGUGUCAAAGGUCACGACUAAGGCGUCCCUGGUGGCUGCGAGGUCAUUGACCCCGUCGGGUUCACAUGAGAACAUGAGUAAUAGUGGAAUGUCUUCUGCCUCCGAGAGCAAAAACCCCUCCUCCUCCAAUCUGCAUUGCAGUGUUGGUUCGGAGAGUUCGGUUUCCUUGGCUGAUGAUUUGGAGCAGUCUGGGAAGGAGGAGGAUCCGAUCGAGGACGAACUGAGUGAUGAUUCGGACAAGGAGCAGGCCGACCGAUUCGGAACCAUACUCGUAUCCUCCAAACCCAAGCCAAUCCAAUCAGAGGUGAGCUCGAAGUUGCUUCGUGAGGACAAGUCGGGUGGAAAAGACAGAGACAAGCGACAGAUGCACAGACUGUCCAUGGGCGAGUGCAGCUCCUCCGGAGGCUCGAUCAAGUCUACAAAAUCAUCCAACAUCCCACAAUCCAACUCCCAGAACAACAACAACUCACCGCCCCAAAAAGAACAGGGCAAAGAAAACUUGCAAGGCGCAUCAGAUUCUUACAACGAGUCAGCGGCACAAAUGAGAGGCCAGCACAAGAAGUCCUCCAGUCGAAGCAUGAGCCAAGAGAGGCCAAUGAGUCAGAUGAGUAAGAAGGCCAGUGCUGUGGACAUCGACAUCACCUCCUCAUCUUCGCCCUCCGCAGCUCAAUCCCAGACGCCUUCAGGAAAGGAUGGGAGCAGUAGUCAGCAGAACGUGAGUGAGAAGAAAAACAGCAGCAGCAGCAAUCUACUCAGAAAACACAAAGAGUCCAAAACGCGCCGUUCGAUGGAAGAUGUAUCAAACAAGCGUGCAUCCAUGGUAUCCGUACCAUCCCAGCAAAACAUGGACAGUAGACUAGGCACUCCUGAUUCAAAACAAACACCGCCUUCGGAAACCCCUCGAAAAGCCUCUGAAGGCAAACUAAAGCGGCAGUCAACAGCCGAAGUCAACACCAGCUCUCCUCACAGCAGAAGUCGAAAGGGAAGCUCCAGUGAUACCAAGGCAGGUCACUUCAACUCGUUUGGGUUCGGAGUUGGAGGCAGUACGCCUUCAAGUGUGAAUGUUCCUAUCAACAUCAGUAGCUCAGAGCAGGGUAGCACUACGAGUCCCAUAAACCCCGAAAUUAGGAAGUUUCUCAAGAAGUUCAAAAGCGAAGUUCUGUGUGCUUGUCUUUGGGGUGUGAACCUACUGAUUGGGACUACUAAGGGGCUCUACUUCAUGGACAGGAGUGGAGGCUGUGAGGUUGUUCGUCUAGUGAGUGAUCGGAAGUUCUCCCAGAUGGAGAUCAUCCCAUCCCUCUCCCUCCUCGUCACCAUCUCUGGCAAGAACAACCGGCUCCGAGAAUACUACCUCAAGGUGUUGCACAGUAAGAUCAUCAAGCAGGACACUCCGAAGGUGCACGAUGAAUACGGGGACAUCGGCAACAAAAUCGAACACUGCAACUCAUUCAAAAUCGUGAAAUACGACGCAAUCCGCUUCCUGGUAGUGGCGUACAAAACUGGCAUCAUCGUGCUCGCAUGGGCUCCCAAACCCUGCCACAAGUUCAUGGCCGUCACGGAGUACAAAGAACUUAAAGGGGAGCCUCUGUUUGUGAAUGUGGCCAUCCGAGAGGCAGAGUCGGGUGGCAAGUUUGUCCUCAAAGUAGUGUACGCUACAAGUCUCGGGUUCCACGUGGUCGACGACUCAGGAUCCCAGGAUAUCUUUAUACCGACUGCCUAUGGAAGUGAUAGCAUCAGACCCCAUUGCAUCAUGACUUUCCCCAAGUCCGAUGAACCGGCAUUCCUCCUCUGCUACAACAGUGAGGGUGCUUACGUCACAGAUGAAGGGAAGUUCUUCCGCGAUGCUUUCCUGCAGUGGGGAGAGGCGCCUAUCACAAGUGUCGCUGCUGUCGGCUCUUCGCACAUUAUGGGCUGGGCCCCAAGUGCGAUAGAGUUCCGCUCCUUAACCACAGGACAAUUGGACGGCGUGUUUAUGCAGCGAAACACGUUCAAGAUGCGGUUCCUCUGUGAGUGCAACGACAAAGUGUUCUUCUCCUCCCACUCCAAGAGCGGAGUCAGUCAGAUAUAUCUGCUAACGUUGAAUCACCAGUCAAUGAUAGGGUCUAAGUGAAGUCAAGGAUUAGAUAUUGAGUUGUGAAAAUAAACAAAUGAUAUUUCUAACGUCAUACAGGACACUUGAAAAUGAAGAAAACAAAAUUGCAGAAAAGAACGUAAGAAAAAAUAACGAACAUCCAGAAGUCAAUCUUGGCAUCAACCCCGAAUUACUAGAUGUCUUCAAGAGGCGUUUUCGAUACCAAUCAUACCUUCUAUCGCCGUCCUUCGGAAACGUUGUUUCGAUAAGCACUAGUUUAUCUCAAAACUUUUCUACCAAUUGAAGUGAAAUGCAACAAAAAAACUGUGGGAAUCUGAAACUGCCUGAAUUUGAUUUCUGUACAUUGAUAUGCAGCGUCAUUUUGAUUAGAUUUUAGUUUGAGCUUUUCUAUCUGUAGUUUCCACAAAUUUUUCUUUCUUUGAGAGCAAAAUAUUUACCGUAAUGUACAUUCAAUGUCUGGCGAAAGAGGGCUCAUUUCAUUUCACCUUAUAAAGUCAUGUUUUUAUCAGUUGCAUUCAAUUCAAAAUUAUCUAACUUAAAAAAACUAAUAUCAAUAUUUCACAGGACAUAGUAGGUAGCAUGCAGUUUUAUCGCUUUUUCAUGCUGUUAACAGAUAAUGAUACCGAAUCAGUCGCUAGCUAUUAAUAACUAAUUAAUUACAUAAUUAACCCCUAAUUUGAAGAGUGUAAUUAUUACAAUUUGAAAGUUUUAGAACACAAUACCUUCGCUUCUAUCGGAAUUUGACUUACUUUUAUCAGUUGUGCUACUGGCCAGUACAUAGUUUUAUUGUCCUCUGGUGCUAUUUGUCUCUUUUUUUUUCUGCCCCCCCUUCCACAAUUUUUGUGUCUCCUCGCGCAAGAUAAAAGUGUCCCAGAUUUUUUUUUCACAAAUUCCAUCGUUGCAAGUAGAUCGCCAAAGUUUAAGUGAUAAUUUC